AUGAGAAACGAAAACCUGAGCUCAAUGGCUGAGGAACCGACAACCCAGGAGACCGCCGAGGCCGACACUUCAACUCCAUCUAAGAAGCGGAAACGAGAUACCGCUGUGGAGGAUAUAGAAAUUGAUAUCAAUGCUCCAGAGCCACCAUCCAAGAAGGCUCUACGAAAACUCAAAAAGUCUGGCGCUACAUCUAUUUCCACUGGCAGUUCUGCUAGCACUAGUGCCCUUACAGCCCCGAUCACAGCCCCCGCUACAGCCCCUAAAUCCCAAAAUUUCCCCGAACAUGCAUCUCAAUCUCGCUCCAAGUGGGGUGUCUGGAUAGGAAACCUAGCAUUUUCAGUAACGAAGCCAGACCUAGAGACCUUCUUCACCAAGCCUCCUUCGACGAUUCCGCGCGUAGGAAUAACCCGUAUAAAUCUUCCAACGAAUCCGCAAACCCGCCGUAACAAAGGCUUUGCUUAUGUGGACUUUUCCAACCAAGAAUCGCUCAACUAUGCACUCAUCUUGACGGAGACCUUAUGGAACGGCCGUCCAGUUCUCAUCAAAAAUGCCAAGGACUUCUCCUCCAGAACCCCCACCUCGGCCAUCAAAGUGGGCGCGGACUUGAGCAAGAACCCACCAAGCAGGAUUCUCUGGGUUGGCAACCUAGACUUUAUCACGAAGGAGGAGGACCUGGCAAAGCACUUUGCCUUCGCUGGCAAGAUUGUAAAAGUCCGCCUGACAACGUUUGAGGACACGGGCAAGUGCAAAGGCUUCGGGUUCGUUGAUUUCGAAGACGAGGAGAGUGUAAAGAGGGCAAUGCUAGGGCUCUCUCCCGAGGACAAAACAAACCCCGAGAUUGCCGAGGGCAAGGAGGAGGAGGAGCUGAAUAGGUUGCGCAAGAAACGAGGUUUCAUUGGGGGCCGGAAAGUCAAGAUGGAAUACGGGGAGGACCCUUCCGUGCGUUACAAGAAGCGCUUUGGGAAGGAGAAGGAUGCCCAAGACAACGAGGACGUCACCAAAGGAGCUCCUAUAGCGCUCAUGGGGUCUCGAGGCAGACUCACCGCCACCGGUGGCGUUAGAGAGCAAGAAAACGACACGAAGCCUAUUCGUACCAAGAAGAAGAGCAAGUUUGACAACCCGAAGCGCUCAUACAAUCCAGGGACUGCCUAUUCGAACGACUCACGGCGCACUGGUGCAAUCAUAGAGGGCAAAGGGAAGCGAGUAAAAUUUGACUGA